CCCCUCGCGCUUCGGGUCGCGCGCGGUUUCCGGCUCCGAGAUUGUUGCGGGCUGUCGGAGGCCCGGGCAGGUGCUGGGGCGCAGCCGGCGCCGCCCUCCGCCCUCCCUAUCAGUAGGCCGAUUCCAGUGGUAGCAUCCGGUAGGGAAAUGGUCGUGCUUUCGGUGCCUGCCGAAGUCACUGUGAUCCUGUUAGAUAUCGAAGGUACCACAACCCCGAUUGCUUUCGUGAAGGACAUUUUAUUUCCUUACAUCAAAGAAAAUGUUAAAGAGUAUCUGCAGACACAUUGGGAAGAAGAGGAGUGCCAGGAGGAUGUCAGUCUUUUGAGGAAACAGGCUGAAGAGGACUCCCACCUGGAUGGGGCUGUUCCCAUCCCCGCUGCAUCUGAGAAUGGAGCAGAUGACCUGCAACGGGUGAUCCAGGCCGUGGUGGAUAAUGUGUGCUGGCAGAUGUCUCUGGACCGAAAGACCACGGCGCUGAAACAGCUGCAGGGCCACAUGUGGAGGGCAGCAUUCACAGCGGGGCACGUGAAAGCAGAGUUCUUUGAAGAUGUAGUUCCAGCAGUCAGGAAAUGGAGAGAGGCUGGCAUGAAGGUGUAUAUCUAUUCUUCAGGGAGUGUAGAGGCACAGAAACUAUUAUUUGGGCAUUCUACAGAGGGAGAUAUUCUUGAGCUUUUUGAUGGUCACUUUGAUACCAAGAUUGGACACAAAGUGGAGAGUGAGAGUUAUCGCAAGAUUGCAAACAGCAUUGGGUGCUCAACCAGCAACAUCUUGUUUCUGACAGACGUUACUCUAGAGGCCAGCGCUGCUGAGGAAGCGGACGUGCAUGUAGCUGUGGUAGUGAGGCCUGGCAACGCAGGGUUAACAGAUGAUGAGAAGACUUACUACAGCCUCAUCACAUCCUUCAGUGAACUGUACCUGCCUUCCUCAGCCUAGAGGAGGACUUCAAAGAAAGACCAAACUGUCUUCACAGAGUUGUCCCUGUAGUCUAGUUUUAUUCUAAUGGUAAAAGUAACUUACUUAAAAAAAUGCAUAGAUAUACACACAUAUAUGUAUGCAAGCAUAUAUAUGUGUAUCUUCAAACUACCUUUUAUGGGCACAUAAGUGAAAAAAAAAUCUCAGUUCAGUGAAAAGGAAACUUAUUUAAAGAUGCUUUAUAUGUAGAAAUUGUUUGAAACCACAACUCAGACCCGUAUUGAGGGCAAAAUGUACUUGAUAGAAGAAAUUACUACAAUAGAUAUCAAAUGUGUGAUGUUUAUCAAGUCGUGUACCAAAAUGGAGAGGUAGGUUUAAGAAGUUAUUCAGAAGCCUUAUUAUUUUAAAAAAUGGAAGUAUUUUAAAGACUUUUCCUAAUAAUAAUUCAUCUCCCUUUUAAAUUAUGAGUUAGAAGAUUACAACAGCUGAACUUCAAAAUAUUAGCCUCUCUAUAUACAAAGGACAGAGCUGUUUGUUUCUGCUCCAAAAGAGAGCAAAAUUGGGAAAGAGUGCUCCUUUGAGUCUUGAUUAAUUGUGUCACUUAAGAAACUUGCUAAUCAUUGUGGCACCCACAGCGAGCAGUUGCCUUACCAGUGAAAAUGGUGCACAGAUGCAACAGCUAAAAUAGAAAUGUGGUUCUUAAUGUUUAACAAAACAGUCUUAAUCUUGCCAGUUGUUAUCAUUAUAGAUUCUAUAGUUGCCUUUCUAACUACUUAGCACAGUUUGAGAGUAUAUGUUAAUUGCUAUUUACUAUUAAAGAAAGGUUUACUGAAAUCAGUCCAUAAGACAUAGAAGAGCCCUAAUGUGUAAUAUUUUCCUCUGAAAUAGAUGUGAGAAAUGUAAAUUUUAUAACAGCAUUAUUUAUCCUGGUGCAUUCUAAUGGGAUGUCAUGUCAAUUUCAUGUUGUGAUUAAUAAAAACAUUUUCUUCUUCA